AUGGGUGAUUUCAAAGCCCGCAUCAAAGCCAAGUUCCUCCGCAGAAGCAGCAGCACAGCGACGUCUCUAGCCUCCAGCAAGCACAGUCUCGGGCGAGACGGCGCAUCCAGCUCGACACGCCCACUCUCGCCGUUCCUGGGCUCCGUCGCCUCCGACGAGCACAUCCACAGCGACAAUGUCGCCGGCCACAAUUUCAAGGGACACCGUAGCCACGACUCGGUAGCCAGCAGCAAGAGCAAGGCACGGCGAGCAGACAAGUUUGACAGGGACAGCAUCGAUGGAGCCGGCGUCGGUGGGAGUGGGACACGCGACGGCCAGGCUGAAUCAAGAGCUAUUACUGGCCAGGGCCACGGUCAAGGUCAAGGUCUUGAAGGUCACGGUCGCGCUCAUGCAGGCGAGCCCAGCCUAGUGGUGGCCCCAAGCCCAAGUGCACCAAGAGCAAGUCUCAGCCGGGCCGUGACCACUCCACUCCUGAUCGCAGCCAACUCUGACGUUGGUGAAUCUCCCACCACCACCACAACCCAGCCCACCACACUCCAGCUCAAGCUGGGCAAUGAUCUGCAAAAGUUUGCACUCAAUUCAUCAACCGCGCCCGUCGUCACCACACCCGGUGGUGCUGCACUCCCGAGCAUACACGAACACCCCGCAACUUCAUCGACCAGAGCCGGCCCGAUCGACGACGACACUCUGUCAGUUCUGUCGCCCUACAGUCCCGACAUACUCACUCCACCCGCGACGACAACGACCCCGGCCGGUCUCACGCUACUACCGCCCUCGUCGUCCUCACCCGCUCGACCGCUGGCCCCACUACGCCGACAGUCCAUUCUCCCCGAUCGCCAGACAACCUUGAUCAAGGCACUCCUCGAUCCGGAUGGGAAUGCGAGCGAGAUAGUCCACGCCGAGCCCGACCAACUCCUCCCCAUCAGUGGCACCAUGGUGACAAGAAAGAUAUGGGUCAAGCGCCCCUUGGCCUCGGCCACGCUGGUUACCAUCAAUGAAGAAGACCUUGUCGACGAUGUCCGCGAAAUGAUAUUGCGAAAAUACGCGAACUCCCUUGGCCGCCAAUUCGAUGCCCCGGACCUGACCCUCCGGAUAUGUAAUAGGGAACAACAGAGUAGCAGGACCUUGCAGCCCGACGAACCAAUGGGCAGGACUCUCGAUGCCUACUAUCCUGGCGGCCAGUCUGUCGAUGACGCCCUAUUGAUCGAUAUCCCAUCUCGUCGUACCCCAAAAGCUUCGCCGAAUCCUAGAUAUAUCGGGGAAGAUCGACCACACGAGUCUGGAACUGACUACUUCCCGCCAUUUCCAGCCGCUCCUCAUACUCACCAUACAGUCUCAACUGGCACGGCCGCCCUGAACGGCUCGCAUACAAUUCACUUCCCACCUUCCAUGGCUAUACUCGGCGGAGGCCAGCUGCCUCUCCUUCCGUCUCCGGGUGGUACGAGACGGCUCGGGCAGUCGCGACCCAAGAUACAAAGGCUGCACACAGCUUCACCGGCAUCGACUGUCACCAAUGCCCAUAGCCAUAGCACGCAAUCUGUGCCACCGGUUCCCGGUACGCAUAACUACUCCAAACCACACCCGCGUUCAAGGACUCAUUCAGCUGCAUCUUCAGACCAACCCAGCCACCCACCAGCGGCUCCCCCAGCACCGACGCCCCCACCAGUCGAACGGACAGCCACCCCUCCUCCACAGCUGGCGUCGCCUCGACCUUCUGCUCGGGCGAAGAAGAAUAAGAAGAUCGAUCAUCCCUCGUUGCCGCCCGGUAUGCUUGACGGGGCUGUCCCACCCAUCAAUGUUCUGAUCGUCGAAGACAACAUUAUCAAUCUCAAACUACUGGAGGCGUUUGUAAAGCGGCUCAAGGUCCGGUGGCAGACGGCUAUGAACGGCAGGGAGGCCGUGAACAAGUGGCGUGCAGGUGGAUUUCAUCUGGUGCUGAUGGACAUUCAGCUGCCCGUCAUGAACGGUCUUGACGCCACGCGGGAAAUUCGUAGGAUAGAAAAGGUCAACUCCAUUGGCGUUUUCUCUUCGUCAGCAAGCAGUCCUCCCGAAGAAAUCCAGGCGGAUCCAUCUGAGGAGGACAAGCUGGCCAACACGGAGAUGUUCAAAAGCCCAGUCAUCAUUGUAGCCUUGACGGCAAGCUCGCUGCAAAGCGACAGGCAAGAGGCGUUGGCGGCCGGUUGCAAUGAUUUCUUGACCAAGCCCGUGAACUUCGUCUGGCUAGAACGCAAAGUGAAGGAGUGGGGCUGCAUGCAAGCCUUGAUUGACUUUGACGGAUGGAGGAAGUGGAAGGACUUCUCGCAAAAGUCUGACGACGCUUCUAAGAAGGCCGCCGUUACGGCCAAAGCAAAACCUGCCAAAAACAAGCGAUUAUCGUUGACAACAGCCGCAGCUUGA